AGCGCUUCCGCCCGGCGCUCGGUGCUGUGGGCGGAAGCAGCGGAGCGGCUGCGGCCCGAGGCGGCGGCUGGGGGGUUCUCUGAGGGCGAGGGCUUCUCGCGGUUGGCAGUGCCAUGUCGGCGCUCCCGAGGAGCUACAACCCGUUCGCGGAGGACGAGGAGGAAGAUGUGGCGCCGGCGGGUCCCGGCGGGGCGGGCGGCGCGGAUCGGCAGCGGUACCUGGAGCAGGAGGUGCUGCGCCGCUCCGCCGCCACUGCUGACAGCACCACCCGCUCCCUGUCGCUUCUCUACGAGUCCGAGCGCAUCGGCGUGGCCGCCUCCGAGGAGCUCGUCCGGCAGGGAGAGGCUCUGAAGCGCACGGAGCAGAUGGUGGAUAAAAUGGACCAGGACUUGAAAACGAGUCAGAGGCAUAUAAACAGCAUCAAGAGUGUUUGGGGGGGCUUGGUAAACUACUUCAAAGCCAAACCUCCAGAGAGCAAGCCAGAGCAGAAUGGAGCCCCUGAAUAUUAUGCUAACAGCAGGUUAAAAGAAGCAAUGAUGUCUAGUAAAGAACAAGAGUCAAAAUACCAGGAAAGCCAUCCAAACUUAAGGAAGCUGGAUAAUUCAGACAAUGAUUUCAACAAAGCAGAUUUAGUUUCUUCAGUGCAAAGGGAUGCCUACCCCAAGAACCAACAACUGCGAGCUUACCACCAGAAAAUUGAUACCAACUUAGAUGAGAUGUCUUCUGGGCUGAGUCGCCUGAAAAGCCUUGCCCUUGGCCUGCAGACUGAAAUAGAAGAGCAGGAUGAUAUGUUGGAUCGGCUCACAAAGAAAGUAGAGACACUGGAUGUCAACAUUAAAAACACUGAUAGGAAAGUCCGACAACUUUAAAGGAUUUUUAGAAUUUCUUUUGUCCAGUGUUGGUUCAUCUUGAAUGCCUCAUCUCAACUGAUUUCUUAAAAAAAUCUUGGGCAGUAUCUGUUUCUCUUUUCUGUUGUGUUACUGGUUUUGUUGUCAUUAAAAUUGUGUAGCCUUAAGUCAGCACAAUACUUUACAUUUCUUCUUGGUCCACAUGGGAGAAGUGCAUGUGGAGGAAAAUCUCUCAGCAUUGGGUGAGGAUGCCCAGCUCAAUUGUGUAACUGCUCAUGGAGGAAUUCACACUCCACAAAGCUGCAGUGUCCUUGGCCUGGGAGCUGUGAUGAGAAAAGGAACUGCAUUUUUGCCUCUGUUUUGGGGAGGGGGCAGGGGGAACAGAAUGUGCUGCUUUGUUCAGAACAAAAGUUGCUAAUUCUGUUUACCUACAGACAUGUUAAAUUCAGAAAAAAUGCUGUUUGCAAGCUGUAAAAAGAUUUUUAAGUGACUGUUCUCCAGCAUUUUUGGGGCUUAAGGAGUGAGGUAUUCUGUGGAAGAUGUAAAAUAUCAAGAGUGUCAUGCAGUAAUGGUAACAUCCUGUGUGUGUUCCUUUUGCCCAAAUGGUGCAUCCACAAAUUGUGGUUUUUAUGUUUAGGUAACUAAAUACUCUUGCCUUUACAGUCUUGUCAGUAAAGAUCUCUAAGGUCUGUAAGAAAUGUUCACUGACAUUGACCCAAAAAGUUUGGGUAACAAAAUCAGGACUUAAAUGUAUGUGCUCUUCAAGGUUCUUUUGCAGAAAUGGUCACAUCUGUUUUUAAUUUUCUGCUUUUUCUCAGCUUAUUCAUUUAGGUGGUUAUUUGAAAAAGCAGCUUCCAUUUUAGAAAUGGAGAGUUGAUCUGAUAGUGCACAAACAGAUUGUAGAAGAUUGUUCUUUAGCAUUUAUUUCAGAUGUGAUUACAGAUGGAGCAGAUGCUGUGCUUUGCUAAGUAAUGUGACUGUUAAGAAACUCCACUAUGGUUCACAUGCAUCUGUGUUGGCUUAGCAGGUAUAAAGAAUUCCUGCAAAUGAAGAAAAGCCCAAAACUGGUUUUGAGUCUUCCAGAUAGAAUUUGGGCCUUUCAUUUUGUUUUGUUCUUUUGUAAGGGUCACUGUAGAAACAAAAUAAUCACAAUUCUGCUCCAGCCUGCAGAUAUGACAGCGAGAGCUUGCUGUCUGUCUUGAAAAACAGGCAAAGUACUCCUGUUUGGAGAGGCCAAGGGACCUGUGUCAGUAUUGGAACAUCACAAGAGACAGUAUGGGGCUAGGAAGAGAUCGUUGCUUCUUUUGAACUAAUGCCACAUUGCCUUAUGAAUUAAAGAACUUUGGUGUUCUGGGCUAUCAAACUUGUCCCCUUCACAGAUGUCACAUUCACACCCCCUUGUUCCUUGUUCAAGGGAUUUGUUACCUUGAGCUCACUUGCCACAAGGUGCAUCCAGUUGUUAAGGAGAGAAGAGAAACUGAGCCUUUCUUGUUUUACUGUGUCUCUAGAAAGUUCACUUUUAGAAAAAUAAAUCACUAAAAAAGCUAUACUUAUUGGACAUAGUAUUAUGGAAAAAUGUUAUUUCUGGCAUACUGGCAGGGUUGAGUUGUAAAUUAGAUUUAAGGUGAACCUCAGUUUCCUUUGUUACUGAUGAGAUUGAUUUCAGUCCCCCCUCCCCCCCAAAAAAAUCUCUUUUGGAGGGACAUAAAACUUCAAGAGCAAUUGAAUCCCUUUAAUUGCUUGUUAAUUUUUCAGUUUGUAUCAUUUAUGCACAUUAAGAAUUAUAAAUAGCCUAUUAAUAUUAAUACAUAAUUUUACUAUUUGGGUUUAUACCAUGAUUAAUUAUCUUACUCUGUUAGAAUAUUUAUUAAUUAUAUUAUUUGAUGUCUCAAGAUAAAUUUGAUACAUUUAUUUAGCAAAUUAUACAGUUGUUAGUAUUCAUAUGUUAAGUUCCUCAGUGAAGGGAGAUCAAAAAUUUUGAUUAUACCUGGUUUAGUGUCUUACUUGUUUUAAUAAAACUCCUUUUAGUGUGAAAUCUGCCUUCACCUGUAAGCAACUAUGUCACAACUCAGUGUUUGCUAAAGUAACGCUGAUAACAAGGAUGGACACUGACUUGACUAAGUUAUGGCAAAUGGAGUAAAAAUGUCACUGGAAGAUCUGUAUUGUGUAGUGGAAAUCUGGAGCUUGAAUCCAAGCAAAAAUCUUUGAUUUAAGGGUGAAGUGUGCUGCCUUUCUGUUGUAAGCUAUUCCAUGUUUAGUCUAAAUUAUUUCAAGAAAAUUAACUCGAGUUUUUGAGCAAAUGUUUAGUUGUAUUGGCCUUUGAGAACACCCUGAUCCAAGCAGAAUAGAAACCCAGGAUCUCAGCCAUGUGGAAUCUUUACACAAGUCUAUCUCCUCAUGUCUUCUAACAAUCCCAUUCACUGCCUCAGUAAUGUAUGUCUGCCAUUCCUUGGUUUUCUUGCUCUAUUUAUGAUUUUUGUUUGGUUUUAAUGGCCUUGUUUUAAAGGAUCAUUUCCCAUGCUGGGUUUCUUUUGCAGGGGGAAAAAGAUGGUGCGUGGAUAUAAAAGAAUUUCUGCUGUAAACUGAAUUGCUUUUCUCUGCUUUCAUAUUAAUUUUUGCUGAUAACAAACUUAAGUCUAACUGACAUGAGGAGACACCUCUACUUUAUAAUAGUGAUGGUUUUUUAUCUCUUGGAAUAACUUUCCAUCCUACAGGAAAAGGAAGUUUAAAGGAAAACAGCCACAUGAUUUUUGCUUUUCCGGGAAAUGCCAUUUUGCAUGUAUGACAAAGGAUUUACUUCAGUAGCUUUUCUUACUAUUUCCUGAAAUGGAGUUUUAUUUCUCCUUGGCUGCUGUUGAAAAACUUAGUCUGUGUAGAGUCCAGGACUUUCAGAAGAAGUUUAAUUUGCACUCUUGCUAAUUUUCUAUAAAAUUAAUGAUUUUGCCUGCAUAUUCAUGUUGACAUAUAAGCUGGUGUUCUUGCGGCAAAAUAGCUCUGGUUAAUUUUAUUGGCUUGGGUAGAAGCUUAAUAAGGUCAGAACAAGGUGGCAAAAAAAAAAUUUAAAUGUUCUUUAUGAAAGGCAAUUUGCCAGUUUCUCAAAAAGUUUGCUAAUCAAUUUUGAAGAGAUCCUAAACCCUGGGAAGUGGCAUAUACCCUUCAUAACACAGACAUAAAAUUCUAAAAGCAGCAAGGAAAAAAAACGGGAAUAACUAGUAUCUGAUGACCAGACUCCUAGGUGUAUUUGAUUUUUAAAUUUCCUGAGCAUUGAAUUAAAUCUUGUAACAAAUUAUAUGUAGCUGAAUUUUAGUCUGUACUACACAGAUUUUUUUUUUUGCUGUGCUGAGCUGUACUUGCCCUACUGAAAUCAUUGGGACAUGAUGUCAGGGGUUCUUUUAAUGUGUGAAAUUCACCUGAAAUAUUUUGCUGCCUAGUAGUUUUUGUGAAGUGAUGUCAUUUGUUAAAUGGUGAAAUAGAAAAUACUUUCCAACCAGUCUGCCUUCUGAACAAACAUUUUUGUAGGCAUUUUUACAAGCAUAACAUCAUAUGGAGGAUUACAUAGGACUUAAUUUUCAAAUCACAGGUAGUGAUUGUGUCUAUGAUUUAUGUCUAUGGCUUUUUUUAAAUAGAUCUUUAAUUCUGUACCACCCAGCUAUAACACUUUUUGUACAAGUCAAAUUGCAUUAUCUUUUAUUUAAGUGCUAAACUGGACUGUAGUUCACCAGUUUGAGUUUGAAUGGAAUGAGUGUUGAAUGGUAAAGUCAAUAAAAGGUGCUUAUUGUUAAUGAA